UAACUUUAGGCAAUUGCAGAGCCUUGGGAAGUCAUACAAAUUUCUAAAUAUAUAAAAUCCCUUAUCAUAUCGCGCAAAGUACUCAUCAAUCAGAAUGCAAACGGCUGCCGACCAGUUAUUCACUUGCGGCUUUGAGGUCUUCGGCGAGGUGCAGGGCGUUCGCAUGCGCAAGGCGACCCGCUCUCUGGCCCUGCUGAACGGGGUGCGCGGCUGGGUGAUGAACACGGAUCGUGGCACUGUGAUUGGCGAGCUGGAGGGCACGCUGCCCAAGCUCAACACGGUCAAGUUCUGGCUGCUCUGCUACGGCAGCGAGAAGGCGGUCAUUGAGCAUGCGGCUUUCACGCCCACCCGGGAGAUUCCGGUGCACAACUUCGACAACUUCACCAUACGCUAUCAUGCGUCGGAUCGCAGGCUGUCUGUGAUCUAAGGAGAGAUUAGACAGGUGUAUUCUGCUAUAAGGUUUUUGGCGUUGACGAAAUUCAAAUUAAUUGUUAAUCGUUGCAUUAUUUGUGUCUGUGUGUGUGUAUUGGGAUACAAUUAAAACCUGCUUUAGAAUCCUGAGUAGCUCGGACAUCCCCCA